AUGCAGGGCUCUGCAUCCUGCCCUACUCUUCUUGGGAGCAGCAAAUGGAUCGCGAGCUUCCUCGCUAGACAUCGAUAUGACGAUGGCAUCUACGUCCGUACUUCUACCAGAGCUUCUUCACCUCAAGAAGUCAAAUUCCGUGACUUUGUCAAGAAGAGUAAAGCUGAGCUGAGAAAUGUAUUCUCUGCGAAUGAGAAGAAACGGUCCGAGGCAGGAGUCGAUGAACUACGCGAUGCAAACAAAAGGGACCCGGAACGAAACAGCAACAAACUAUCCUGGGCAAAACUAUUCGAUACAAAGUCAGGAAACAAGCUUCACAAGCGAGCAAAGUCCGCUCCGAGUGACAUUCACGUCCCACAUCAGCUUGAUCCUAUCACUGAAGUCGGUGAAAGUAGCGAGACACAAGCCAAUCUCGUAUCUGUCAACACUUCAUCACAAAAGCCCGUCGGCAAGAGCCCUCAGUACUCUGCUACUCGUCAGACUAACGGCGACGACGUGUCUGUUAUGACAAGAUGCACAACUAUAAUCCAGCAAGCUAACCUUGAGGGCGGCUCUGAAGGGAACCCCUUUGAUGCCGCCACCAACCGUGAGAGCAUCGCGAUCGGCGGACGAAACUUUACUUCCAACCCAUCCACGUAUCUCAGCAGUGGGAACUCGAGUAUCACUGAAGACGAAUGUCCUUCUCAAGAUGAAAGCGACAACACAUCAGAUGGCUAUGGAGCCUCAAUGGCACGUUACGAGCUUCUUAAAUCUCAAAGAGAAUACUUUGAAAAGGAUGUUGGGCCGGAAGAGAAUGCUCACCAGGAGACUGCUCACCAUGAAAAUACUGCUCGACAGGAGGACAAUGGUCUACAGAACGAGAACCCUGGGCAGGAACACACAAACAGCAACGAUCUCACGAGUAAAUCGUCGUCAAAGUUCUCAUUGAGAUCUGUCUUGAGUAUGCUGAUGGGCAGCGACAAGUCUGAUGAAGACGCAAAAUCCAAGGGUGAUGGGAACGGAAAACUGAAGCACAUGGGCCGACUAUCUCCUCGAUGGAGAAGAUUGCUGGUAGGGAAGGCCAAGUCUGAGUCUUCUAAUAUGAGCCAUUCCCAACCCUCCUCGCAGAAUCUCGGUCAGAGUGAUGGGCAACUUGCCAAUCAAAUUGUCGAACAAGACAGAACAUUCAAGGGCCUGGAUUGGAAGCUCCCAGCUGGGAAAAACGAAAUGGGCCAGCUCAUUCGAGAGUUUUCUGGCGACCUCAACACUACGGCGCAGGAAAUGGCUCAUAGGGCUCCCGUGUCCCCAAUGACACCAAGCCUCCAUUCAUAUCCGUCAAAGUUUGAUGUUUCGAUGGAUCAAAAUCUCCCCCCUCGGCCUGCAAUGACCCCAGUCCCAUAUUCUGACAACCAGGACCACAACCAACAAGUGCGCGACGAGUCCACUAACCAAGACCCUCUGGUUGCCGUGGGAGUUCACAUGGAGAACAAGCAGGCACAGCUUGUAGAAAUCAAGACUCGAUCUGACCGAACCAUGAACCAAGAUGCUCGUGGUGACGCUGAACAGAAGCAAGUUCCGCGAGAAACAGUCGAGCGCGAUACAACCAAUGAUGUCCAUCCACCCCGGACAUGGCAGCACGGAGGUGACCCUACGGAGGUCGAGACUGUUGAAGAAGCAUAUGCCCGCCACCGAAGCUCCCUUGCAGUUGUUGAUCGAAUUCGUAGCAUCGGGCUGCUUGGACCAAAUAUGGAUGAAACAAAAUCGAUCGCCGUAGACGAACCCAGAGAGUUGGGCGAACAGCGACUACUAAGAGAAAUGACGGAAGACCUUGAGCUGCCGCCCAACAGGAUCGCCUCCAACGAAUCUUCGAUCGCUGCGACAAACAGCUCCAAGGUAAUCCCGAGUAUCGAGGAUCAGGACACAAACCUUGGAUGCGAGGGGCAGAAGACCCCAGAACCAAAUGCCGAGCAGCAAGACGAUGCCAGCGACCAAACCGAGUUGAUCCUGACAAGAGCAAGAAGCUCGGACAGAUUCGUGCCUGAGGGGCUCUACUACCAGGAUUCAGUGGACGGAUAUGAGGAGUGGGAGGAAGAAAUCCCCGAGGACUUUACUCCGGGACAGCCAGCCACGGAGGCUUUGAUCAAGGAGCUCAAGAUGGAGAGACUCAGCGGGUUUUUUACAACCCUUGAGAACGUCCGGAGCGAGAGCCCCGAAAGAUUGAUUGCGGCUCGCGAUCCUAAAGCUGUGGUCACUUGGCGAGAUGGAAUUGCCGAGUUGACCUCGAUCGGCGGGAUGUUUCGUGACGACAAAGCAGAGCAGCUGUACGAACAAGCUACUUCAACUGCAGGGAGCGACGGAGAUCUGUCUGCCAUGGGUUACAAGCCAAGCCGAGCUGAGGUUGAGACUGCUCUCGCGCACCCUGAAGCGCCAGUCAUUCAGGGGUGUCAGCCACAAACGGUUUUCAUCGAAUGCGAUCGUAUCAAGGAAUCUAUUCACAUAGAUUCCCUGGCAAAGGAAAAAUACAUCGCUCAAAUGCAACCGUCUAUGUCCCGAAACGAAAUCAUCUUUGCUGAAUGGGACCGAGCGGAUGCAGUAGCCUCCAUAUACAAGCACAACCAGCAGCAGAGGCUAAAGGAACAAGAGCAAGAGAAUGAGGAGGCUGCUCGUCGCCGACGUCUCAAGAUCUACCGAUCUGUAGAGAAACAUAUCAUCGAGGGCCGGCGACUUGCGGUCAAAAUCAAUCGCGAGGCGACCGCCGCCUUUCACAUGUGCGAGUACUUGGACGAGGAUUACGAGAGGAUGAGGGGGCAAAUCCUCCAGUGUGCCCAAGAAUGUGGCCAUGAGCCCACUGACAACCUGCAACAUGCGGUCGAGCUCAUCCGAAAAACGCAGCAGGAAGAACAGAUCACGUACCGCAAGUAUGAGGGCUUCGAGCCUGUCGAUAUUGAGAGCCCCGAAUCCGAGGUGGCUGCUCGCUAUGGUCGCGAUUAUCAAGAAAUCGCCGGAAACCAUGUCGACAAGACCGUUGAUCCAACCAACGAGUUCUUUUGA